GUGUCAGUAGUAUACCAUGUCCUGUGACUGCAGUCAGAACUUUACCUACCUUAGAAGUUAAACAAGCAGAAAGGCCUUCAAGCAAAAGCAAGGAUCCUCCUAGGGAUGAAGAAAAAGAAAAAAAAAGAAAAAAACACAAGAAAAGAUCUCGGACAAGAUCUCGAUCACCUUUCAAGUAUCAUUCUUCAUCUAAGUCCAGAUCUAGAUCACAUUCAAAAGCAAAGCACUCACUUCCCACUGCCUAUAGAACUGUCAGGCAUUCAAGACUCACAGCAUCCACAGGGACACUGAGCAUGGAACCGAGUCUGAGCAACUCAUCAAUGGCAGCAGCAACAGAGCGGGAAAGUUAUCAGGCAGCUUCGACAACGAAAAGAUUUGACUGCUGGCGCUCUUUUGAGGGAAAUCCUGGUAAAAUGUCAAGGUCACGAUCAAGGUCACCUAGGAGGAGGGCUCACACACCAGAAAGACGGAGAGAGGAAAGGAGUGUUCCAACAGCUUAUCGCAUCAGUAAUAGUCCUGGAAACAGUAGGAAACGUGCACGAUCCAAAAGUCCCCAUGAAAAGAAGAAGAAGAGGCGGUCUAGGUCACGUACUAAGUCCAAAGCUAGGUCUCCUUCACCAGCUGUGUCACAGGCAAACCAUCCACACACAAAAAUUCUGUGCAUUCAGCUAGUGUCUCUCCUGUGGAGAGCAGGGAAUCCAGCCAGGAACGCUCCAGGGGAGUUUCUCAGGAAAAAGAUGGCCAAAUCUCUUCAGCGAUCGUGUCUUCAGUGCAGAGUAAAAUCACUCAGGAUCUUAUGGCCAAAGUGAGAGCAAUGCUUGCAGCUUCCAAAAACAUACAAACUAGUGCCUCCUGAGACCUGUUGAACUGACCAUCAAGAAAUUAUGUGAAAAAGAACAAUAUAAAAACUGCCUCAUCUCAAAUGUACAGCUGAGCUUAGCUCACUUGGUUCACAACUCUCUUGUCUAAUAUUACCAGACCUUGAGGAGCUAAAACCUAUCUUUCUGUACAGAACUGUCUCCUUGAAAUUUCAUUGAAUUUUUUCAGCCAGAAUAUCUUUGGAAAGUUUUUGGUUUUUGUAAAUUGAUUUUUUGACUAAUUCUUCAGUAACAUUUUAUGAUCAGCAGUCUAUAUGUGUAUAUUUGUAAAUACCAUGUUUCUGUGAUAAAAGUAUUACACAAUAAUAAAGAACGGAACAUCUUUCAUUA